CGAGCACGCCCGGUGACGCCCAGCAGCGCAGUCCGCACGCCGACCAGCGUCAGUGCCGGGGGAGGACGGCAGACGGAGCCGGCAGCGGCCGACGAGCGGCGGUGCGGGGCGCGCUGUGAGAGUCGCCAGGCAGGCCGGCAGCCGACACAGCGAGAAACUAGCCACAGAAUCCAGGAUGUCGGAGAGCGAGGACGCCUCGGCGCCGGCCACGCCCGCGCGCCAGGACAGCACGCCGGCCGCCUCGGACGCCACGCCCAGCACGCCGGGCGGGUCUGAGAACGGCGAGCCACGCCGGGGCCCGGCCGGCCUCCAGCAGCAGUUCCGCGCCUUCGCCAAAUACGGCGACAGCAAGUCGGACGGGACGCAGAUCACACUCUCGCAGGCCGACAAGUGGAUGAAGCAGGCCAAGGUCAUCGACGGCAAGACCGUCACCACCACCGACACCGGCAUCGCCUUCAAGAAGUUCAAGCAGCAAAAGAUACAUUUCAAGGAGUUUCAGAAAUUCCUUGACGAUCUGGCGGCCAGCAAGAAGGUGGCGCCAGACAAGAUGAAGGGGAAACUCACAGCAUGCGGCGCACCGGGUCACAAGAGCAACGCCAGCCCGGGCACCAAAAGCAACGUCUACGACCGACUCUGCGACGUCAGCAAAUACGGCGCAUCCCACCGGCAGCGGUUCGACGAGCACGGCAAAGGCCGCGGCGCCGUCGGCCGCCGCGACGACCACGCCAAUUCGGGAUACGUCACCGGCUACAAGCACCAGGACACGUACCCGCAGAAGCGCUGAGCAGCUGCGGCCGGCCGCCCGGGCGCCGGCGCGGCAGCGG